AUGUCCCGUUUCCUCUGUACAGUUGAUCCGGGUGCAACCCCACCCGAUGAAAACUGCACCACGCCUAGCACUCUCAGCGUCAAUGUUGACGAGUUGGAUGAUGAUCAACCAUCCAUCCCAUCAUCCUCCGGCACAGCAUCAUCGACUCCAACAACUGUUUUGUCUACCAGAGCGGGGGAUUUUGAACCGAUCGCAAUUGUUGGCAUGGGACUAAGGCUUCCUACAGGGAUUCGAUCUGGCGAACAGUUUUGGCAUUAUCUUCUAAACAAGGGCGAAGGAGUACGCGAGGUUCCAGAGAGCCGGUACAAAAUUGAUUCAUUCUACGACCCAGAGAAAGCACGUUGUGUUCGUACACGACAAGCCUGCUUUCUUGAAGAGGAUCCCGCUUAUUUCGACGCCGCAUUUUUCUCCAUCAGUAAGCACGAAGCUGCAAGGUUGGAUCCACAACAGCGACUUCUCUUAGAGGUCACUUGGGAGUGUUUGGAGAAUGCAGGAGUGACGAAAUGGCAAGGAAAAGAUAUAGGAUGUUAUGUUGGGGUCUUUGGCGAAGAUUGGGCUGAGCUUGCCUACGGCGACUCGCAGUCUAUCGAUCGAUACCACGUUCUCUCCACUGGUCCGUAUGCCCUGGCUAAUCGCAUCUCGUACGAGUAUGAUCUUCAAGGUCCAAGUAUGACGAUACAAAGCGGCUGCUCGUCUUCAAUGUUGGCCUUGCAUGAGGCAUGCCAGGGACUAUUUUCAGGUGAAUGCUCUGCGGCCAUUGUUGCUGGUUGCAAUAUCAUUCUCUCCCCCACCAUGUCAACAACAAUGUCAGAUAAUCUCGUCAUCUCACCCGACGGCAAGUCCAAAACAUUUGAUGCAGCUGCGGAUGGCUAUGGUCGAGGCGAGGCUAUCAAUGCACUUUAUAUAAAGAAAUUGAGCCAUGCGAUCGCUGAUGGAGACCCGAUCCGCGCCGUUAUCCGUGGUACGGGUACAAAUUCCGACGGGAAAACCCCAGUUAUCACAGCCCCCGGAACUAUAUCACAGGAGGCAUUAAUUCGAAAAACAUAUGCGAAGGCUGGCAUUCCAGAUAUUACUCAGACACCCGUCUUCGAGUGUCAUGGCACGGGCACAUUGGCUGGAGAUAAGUCCGAGGCCGCUGUCCUUGCCAAAAUUUGUCAAGGAACGCCGACUUUUAUCGGAGCUGUUAAACCAAAUGUCGGCCAUUCAGAAGGCGCUUCUGGUAUCACCAGCGUUAUCAAAUCGCCAGUAUCCGACAACUGCAGCAAAAGUCUUAGGGUUUUGAUUGUGUCUGCACGGAGUGAUGAGGCUCUGAAAAAGCGGAUCGAGGGCAUUGUUCAGUAUGCUGCCGAGAAACCCAAAAAUCUACAUGAUCUAGCUUACACAUUAGGUGUACGUCGGGAGCACCUGUCCAAUCGCGCAUUCGCAAUAGUGAACACAUCCCCAACACAAUCGCUCUCCCCUGUUGUGUUCAAAUCCCACAAAGCACUUGAAUCAACAGUUAUCUUUGCUUUUACAGGGCAGGGUGCCCAGUGGCCCGCGAUGGGCAAGACAUUGAUAGAAACCUUCAAAAGUUUUAGAGAUGACAUUAGAUAUCUCGACGAUGUACUCCAAUGCUUGGAACCAAGGCCAAGUUGGCGUUUGGAAGGUGAGCAAUCAAUUAUCCAUAUAAUCCCCGUGGCUUUUGUUUUUGACAACCCUAGAGACGAAAUUUGUAAAGAAUCAGACACUUCCCGUAUCCAUGAAGCAAAGAUGUCCCAGCCAGCCACCACUGCCAUACAAAUUGGGAUUAUCAAUCUGUUAUUCCAGUGGGCAAUUGUGCCAGUAGCAGUUGUCGGCCAUUCAAGUGGAGAGAUAGCAGCUGCAUACGCUGCUGGUGCACUCACUGCCAGUUCGGCUAUCAUAACUGCGUACCUUCGCGGAAUUGUUGCCACAGAGAUCAACAGGCCUGGCGCAAUGGCCGCAAUAGGACUGAGCUGGGAUGAGACAUCAUCAUUGUUGCCGGAUGGAGUAGGUUUGGCAUGUGAGAACAGCCCUCGGAGUGUCACUAUAUCUGGUGAUAGGGAAGGGGUCGAUGCUGUGCUCGAGCGAAUAAAACUAGAGAAACCCGAUGUUUCUUGCAAGAAGUUGAUGGUCAGCACUGCAUAUCAUUCCGAUCACAUGCGAGAGGUAGGAGAGCGGUAUGAAUCACUUCUUACACGUCAUCUUACACCCAUCCAGCCGGGCUCUCUUAGAUGUCCAUUUUUCUCAACUGUGACUGGUAAGGUGCUUCUUGAAGCAUCCUGCAUGAGUGCGAAGUAUUGGCGCCAGAACCUGGAAAAUCCAGUCAUGUUUGCGACAGCCGUCCAGGCGCUCCUGAAAAAAGAUGAUGGCCUCAAGGUCCCCAAUCCAGUUUUUAUCGAAAUUGGACCGCAUUCCGCACUUGCAAGUCCUCUAAGAGAGAUUUUCAAUUCCCAUGCCGCGAAAAAUGCUCCUACAUAUCUCCCCACACUGGACCGCAAGUCGAAUGAUUCGGCUUCCCAAUUACUCCAAACCGCGGCUCAUUCAUUUUCUCUUGGUAUUAAUGUUGACCUCCACAAGAUAAAUGGGCCUGGGAAUACAUUGAAAGACUUACCCAUAUAUCCAUGGGAUCAUGGGGAACGUCACUGGCAAGAAAGUCGUAUCACAAGAGACUGGAAAUUUCGAUCUCACCCUAACCAUGAGCUCCUUGGCUCACGUGUGGCAGGAUCGAGCGACUUUGAGCCAACUUGGAGAAACCUGCUAAGCCUUGAUGAAGUUCCUUGGCUUUAUGAUCAUCUUUUGCAGGGAGAGUUGGUGUUUCCAGGUGCGGCGUACGUGUGUAUGGCCGGCGAAGCAGUUCGACAACUUGCCCCUGAGUCCGAUUCGUUCUCGAUCCGUCAAAUUGUGUUCAAAACGCCACUAGUUUUGCGGGAAUUUGAGCCUCUUGAGGUUAUAACCAGCCUCAGACCAGUCAGGCUUAAUAUUCUUACUGACUCGGAGUGGUACGAGUUCAGCAUAACGGCCUAUGACCCACAAAGUGACCGCUGGAUGAAACAUUCACAGGGGCAAGUCAAAGCUAGCUCUGAUAGCGUCCCAAUUCCAAGAAAAAUCACGAAACAGGAUAGAUCAGUGCCGGCAGAUCAAUGGUAUAACAUUCUAGAUCGAUGGGGACUGUCCUACCGAGGUGUAUUUCAAGGACUUAUGGGUAUAUCUGCGAACCCAACUAAACCAGUUGCGACGGCCACGGUGAAAGAUGACCCCGAAGGACAUGCUAGUCGGUACCUUAUUCACCCCGCUGCCAUUGAUUCUUGCUUGCAACUUUUAUCAGUGGCAGCAACAUCUGGACUUUCUUACCGAUUUGAUCAAAUGGUGAUUCCUGCUGGGAUCGAGGAGAUUUACAUCAGCCGUGGCAGCGACACGAUGGCGGUAGAAGCGUCUAGUGACACAAAAGUUUCUCGAACCGCUUUUGGUGAUGCCAUAAUGAUGAAUGACAAUGGGAAUGUUGCCUUGAGCAUGACUAAAGUUGUGAUGGCGGUUCACGAAGAUUCUGGGGACCUUGGGUUCGGGGGAAGACACCUGAUAGCGGAGGUCGAGUGGAAACCGUGGCUCGAAAUGCUCCCCCGCAACAAUCUGUUCCCCGUCGUCACCUUUGACAAAAGCUACGUGGACCAGAUCAAAGUACUGGGCCAAAUAUGCCAUCUUUACAUCUUGGAGACGGCGGAUCGGAUUCGAGAGCUGGACACGGAUAUCUAUGCUCUGGAGAACUGGAAGGAGUGGAUUCUGCAGCAGUAUAGAAGCAUCUACAGGGGGACUCAAACAUAUUGCAAAGACUCGACCAAAUGGGCUCUCUUGGACAGCCUCGCCCGAACACAGUUGAUCAAUGACCUUACAGCCACUGUCGACGAUGAGAGCGGUUGUAUUCCUAUCGCCAGGUGCUUGGAGCGGAAUUUUCAUAGUUGUGUGGAUUACUUGCAAGGCAAAUCGUCACCAAUGGAGUGUUUAGAAAAAGACCGCCUUCUCCAAGAAGCCUAUGCUGUUGAUCGGUCCUUCGCCCUUUGGGAGAAUUUUCUUUCUCUUCUCGGCCACCAACUUCCAACCAUGAGAGUCCUUGAAAUCGGCGGCGGAACAGGCGCUGCAACAUCUGCGUUAUUAAAAUACCUCAAAUCCUCAGACGGAGUGAUGCUGUUCUCACAGUAUACCUUCACAGAGAUAUCUCCUGAAUUCACGGCUGCAGCGCAAGAACAAUUCGCCGGGAUAGACAAUAUUGAAUUCAGAAGCCUGGACAUCACGAAAGAUGCGAAGGAACAAGGAUUUGAGCUGCAUAGCUUCGACUUGAUUAUUGCAUCUAAUGUAAUACAUGCGACAGCUAGCCUCAAACACUCGCUCAAAAGGGUACACGAUCUCAUCGCUCCCCACGGAUAUUUUUUGCUUCAUGAGCUUGACACGGAACAUCCCUUUGUUCCGUAUAUCUUUGGUGUGUUCUCUGGCUGGUGGGCUGGGAAAGAUGAUUCAAGAUCUGAGAGGCCAUUUGUGUCUCCAGAAAGAUGGAACUCUGAGCUCAAAUCAGCCGGAUUUACUGGUGUCGAAUCGGUUGUGCAUGAUGCAGUGUCCCCCUAUCAGCUUUGCGCGACUAUAAUCAGCAGACCAGUCGCACAACAUCCGCCUCAAGGGGAUAUCUGUCUUUUGACGGAUGAAUUCAUUCCAGAAUGGGCGGUGGAUGUGGAAUCAAAAUUCACCCAAGACGGCUUCAAUGUCUCUUGGACUACCUUGGACCAGCAGCAGAAAACACCUUCUCAGCCAGAUACUAUAUUCGUGUCAUUACUAGAUAUGAACGGCCCAUUCCUCCACGCGUUGACAGAAGAAGGCUUUGGUCUUUUACAAAAGUUUCUCAAUGCCUCAGAGGAUCGCUCCCUCGUAUGGGUGACAUCAUCCACACAAAUGUCUUGCCCGGAUCCGCGCUAUUCUUUGACCCACGGAUUUUUCCGAGCCUUUCGACAUGAGACCCCAAUGGAUCUAAUUGUCUUCGAGGCCGAUAGAUUUGACUUGACUGCCUCAUUUGCCCUUGUCAAAUUCUGCCGUGAGAUUAGACGAUCACGAAAUGGAUCUCUCAACGAUCUGGACUACGAGUUUUCUUUGCAUGCAGGUACAGUGUAUACUCCUCGUAUACAUUGGAGAGCUCCAAACCAAAUAUGCCGCCACCUCGAUCUCACACAACCUCCUUGCAAGAUUGAAAUAGAAACAUAUGGGCUUCUAGACAGCUUCAAAUGGGUCUCCUUUGAAAAGGAUAUCCUCCAAGAUGGCUAUGUUGAGAUCGAAGUCCAGUAUACCGCCUUGAACUUUAGGGAUAUGAUGAUUGCCAUGGGACUAUUGGGAUCGAUCGAUGAACUUGGCCUCGAAGGUGCGGGCCUUGUCACUCGCAUUGCUCCAGGUGUGGAAGAUAUAAGAAUUGGGGAUCGAGUUGCCUUCGGGGAGAUGGGAGCACUUCGGUCGAGGGUUAUCAUUCCCCGAGAAAGAUGUAGUAAGAUCCCACAUGAACUCUCAAUGGCUGAUGCUGCCACAAUGCUGGUUGUUUAUUCGACGGCAUUCUAUGCCAUUCUUCACGUGGCGUCUUUACGCGAAGGCCAAUCCAUUCUCAUACAUUCCGCCUGUGGAGGUGUUGGCCUGGCUGCGAUUCAAGUUUGUCGCCAGAUUGGAGCUGUGAUUUACGCAACAGUAGGCUCGGAGGAGAAGGCGAAUUACCUAGUCGAGAACUGGAGCAUUCCUCGCAGCCGGAUAUUUACAUCUAGGAGCGCAGCAUUUGCUUCAGAGCUCAUGCGAGAGACAGAGGGGAAGGGGGUAGAUGUGGUGCUGAAUUCUCUGUCCGGGGAUCUUCUUCGCGCAUCCUGGAUGUGCACAGCUGAAUUUGGAAAAAUGAUUGAACUUGGAAAACGCGAUUUGAUUGCUCACGGGAACCUGGACCUUGCCCCAUUUUUGCUGAAUAGGGUUUAUUUCGGGGUAGACUUGAUUCAUGUCGGGCAAAAGAGGCCAGAAAUACUAAUGCAAAUUCGAAAGGACUGCUUGGAAUGGUACAAGCAGGGGAAAAUUACCCCAAUUCGGCCGGUGACUGUUUUCCCGGCGGCUGAUAUCAGUGCUGCUUUCAGACACAUGCAGCAGGGCUCCCACAUGGGUAAGGUUGUUGUGGAUAUGCAGGAAGUCACAAAGAGCUCGCCGCAUUUGCAAUCUGGUAUCAGUGAGAUCAGAUUUCUUGGAAAUGCGUCCUACCUCCUUGUCGGGGGUCUGGGAGGUAUUGGAAAAACCCUCUCCGCUUGGAUGGUGAACAACGGAGCUCGAAAUCUAGUAUUUCUCAGUCCCUCUGCUGGUAAGUCCAAGGAAGAUCAAGAAUUCAUCGGGGAGUUGGAGGCACAGGGCUGUGUGAUAGCAACUGUUGCCGGCGACAUAGCAAAAACAGCCGAUGUGGCAAAGGCUAUUGAAGGCUGCCUCUUUCCCGUGAAAGGUGUUGUGCAACUUUCUGCAAGACUUCGGGAUCGCACGUUUAAGAAAAUGCUGUUUGAAGAUUGGACAAAAUCGCUUGAAAGUAAAGUGAAGGGCACCUGGAACCUCCAUGAAGCCUUGAAGUCUACGCCACUGGAUUUCUUUUUAAUGUUCAGCUCAACCUGCAGCAUUACUGGCCAAACUGGACAGACCAACUAUGCCGCCGGCAAUAGCUUCUUGGAUGCUUUUGCGGCCUAUCGCCAACAGCUUGGUCUUCCAGCUUCCAUCAUCAACCCUGGAGUCAUUGAGCAUCGCGGGAUUGUGAGCCGCGAUCCCGAAUUGCUGCGCUACAUUAAGGGGCUGUCGAUUCAUCUACUACAAGACAGAGAGCUAAUUGAUGGUGUUCGUUUGGCCAUGGGUCCACGCAAAACACCAUUUUCACCACUUGCGAUUGGCUUAUCGCAUACAAAGCCGCUAUCGGACUCGACUAUGAAGACACUCUGGCCCCGAGAUGCACGCUUUGGCAUGUACGCAAAUCUUGAAAAGUCCAGUCAGGGAACCACCGGGCCCAACAACAAAGUGCUCCACAGUCUCAUGACCAGAGUUCAAAAUGACCCAAGCAUUCUACUGGACCUGGAAACCGAAGAUUUAAUCCGGGCUGAACUAGGAAUGCUUGUUGCCACAUAUGUGCCACGUGCAGAAAACAUGAACGCGGAGGAAAUCGCACAGAUGCAUCUCGAUUCUUUGAUGUCUGUUGAAGUUCGGCGUUGGAUUAAGAGCCACUUGACCUUGGAAUUGAGUUUGAUUGAAAUCAAUAGGGCUGAAACAGUAGGAGAGCUUGCACGUGUUACACUUGAGCAUUUGAAAGCCAAGUUUAACCUCCAUGCGGUGGCAGAGAUUCACAAUAUCUAG